UUUGGACAAAAGAAAAUCCCAAAAUCUCUUCUUAAAAAGUAACUAUAAAAAACUGUUCCCUUGCUCUGUUUUCUCAUCCUCUAUGCUUAAAACAGAACAUUUUCAUUAACCAAAAAGGAAAAAAAAAGCUUCCUAUUUGCCUUCAAAAGCACAAGACACAGCUUACCAAGAAAGAAAAUGGUCACCAAAGUCUACAUUGUUUACUAUUCCAUGUACGGACACGUUGAGAAGCUGGCACAGGAGAUUAAGAAAGGGGCUGCAUCCGUUGAAGGAGUAGAAGUCAAACUCUGGCAGGUACCUGAAACACUACCAGAGGAAGUUCUUGGAAAGAUGGGUGCACCACCAAAGACUGGUGCCCCUAUCAUUACACCAGAUGAGCUUGCUGAGGCUGAUGGUGUUCUUUUUGGCUUUCCCACUAGAUUUGGGAUGAUGGCUGCACAGUUUAAAGCCUUCAUGGAUGCAACUGGUGGUCUAUGGAAAACUCAAGCACUUGCAGGCAAACCUGCUGGAAUUUUCUACAGCACUGGGUCCCAAGGAGGUGGACAAGAGACUACCCCCUUAACUGCAAUCACUCAACUCGUUCACCAUGGAAUGAUAUUUGUGCCCAUUGGGUAUACUUUUGGUGCUGGUAUGUUUGAGUUGGAGAAAGUGAAGGGUGGAAGCCCUUAUGGUGCUGGAACUUUUGCUGGGGAUGGCUCGAGACAGCCAUCUGAGUUAGAGCUAGAGCAGGCUUUCCACCAGGGGAAGUAUUUCGCUGGCAUUGCAAAGAAGCUCAAGGGAACAGCUUGAUUUUUCCCUUACCAAACUAGUACUAUUCAGCUUUAUAAACAUGUCUUAUUUUCUUUCCAUUUUACUUGUUUCAGAUAUUUCGUCUCCAUAGAAUAAUAUAUGCUCGGUUGCAGUGGCUUUAUUUGUCACAAACUACUGUAUUUCUUCAAGACACUAGCUUCGUAUCAAUGAUGAAAGUUUCAUUUGUGAAACUUUUUCUCAUUCACCAUACUGAUAAUGGCACUAUUCCUAUCCUAAAGCAAUAAUAUAAUA